GGAAUUCCUUAGCCUGGAGCGGGAGGGAAUGUCUACCUACUGUUGUGACCUGUAUAUAAGUAUAUAGGUAUCUUGAGCAAGCUGCUUGGUACUUUUCCUCCAGGGCUUUCAUUCUCUACCAUCUCAACCCCCUCCAUUCUUUGGUCAUCAAGUCAUUCUUUGUUUAUUCACCAUGACUCGAUUGUUAUCAGUUGCCGCUGUUCUCUCUCUCGCGUUGCGUGCCUCUGCCGGCGCCGACUCAUAUCAAGUAAAUGCCAUCUGUACUUGUGAUCAGUUGAUGCGUUGGUAUGAUUGGAACAACGGUAUCUGGGGUAGUUCCUGGUGGGAGUCGGCCAUGAUGAUGUCUGCUCUCGCCGACCUCUCGGCCACGGACUCAAGCUAUAACGGAACAUACUUCAACGUCUACGCCAAUACCUUCACCAAUGCUCCCAAAACGCAAGGCCACACGAACUUCUUGAAUAAUUUCUAUGACGAUGAGGGAUGGUGGGGUAUCGCGUGGCUUAACAUCUAUGAUCUCACCCAGAACCCCAACUACCUAAACAUGGCCAAAACCAUCUUCAAUGACAUGCACGGCGGCUGGACGACACCCUGCGGAGGCGGGAUCUAUUGGGAGAAGGGCCAGCCUUACAUCGCCUCCAUUGCCAACGAACUGUACAUCCAACUGGCUGCAGGACUCGCCAACCGCGUGCCCAGCCAGAAGUCGACGUAUCUCGGCUAUGCCACAGCCGGCUGGGACUGGUUCUUCAGCAUCGACGUCGUCAACGCGGAUAAUUUCAUUGUCGAUGGUGUUGACGGUAAUACGUGCAAGUCCACUGGAAGUACCUACACCUACAACCAGGGUGUCAUCCUCGGCGCUGCAGCAGAGCUAUACGAAGCGACCGGCAACGGUACCUACCUAGACCUAGCGAGUAAAAUCGCGGAUGCCGUGACGACGAAGGGCUCACAAUUUUUGAACCCCAACGGCAUCCUGAUGGACGGCUGCGAUAAGACGGCCUCGUGCAGCGGCAAUGGCGAGGAAUUUAAGGGUCCCUUCGUCCGCAAUCUGCGCAAGCUGUACAGAUGGGUCGUUUCCCCCACGUGGCGCGACUUCCUCGAGACCAAUGCCCAAUCCAUCUGGAACAACGCCCUGAAUGACACAAACAGCCAAUGCUUCGUCGGCGACUACUGGGCUGGCCCCUACAAGACCGCUGACGCUAUCUCCAACGGCAUCGCCCUUGACGCUCUCAACGCCGCUCUUUACGCUACCUCGUGAGCGCGCCCCAACUCGCUCACCCACGUACAAUCUUUUCCUUCGUGCACUUAAAUACGCGGCUACCCCACAGCUAUCAACUAUAUAAUUGAGGAAUGGCCGCCCCCAGAACCUUAUUACUUGCGUGUUCAUACCACGAGUUCGUCC